GCGUCAGCUUUCCACUGCGCCAACUAGCGGUAGUGAAGUCGUUCUUGGGCCUACUUUGCCGUAGCAACUGUUAGCUGCUAUGAAGUCAUUUUGACAUAUAUAUAUAACAAAUUUAGUUGUGCACAUUUGUCUAUAGCUAAUAUAUUUUAAUCCGUACAGAUACAGUAAACGUCGUUAACUUUUCAAAAUGAAUAUUCGCAAUGCGCGGCCAGAGGAUUUGAUGAACAUGCAGCACUGCAACCUGCUAUGUCUUCCAGAAAACUACCAAAUGAAAUACUACUUCUACCAUGGAUUGUCUUGGCCGCAGCUUUCUUAUAUAGCCGAAGAUGAGAAUGGAAAGAUAGUUGGAUAUGUUCUGGCCAAAAUGGAGGAGGAUCCAGAUGAUGUGCCUCAUGGACAUAUUACAUCAUUAGCAGUUAAGCGUUCCCACAGAAGACUUGGUCUGGCUCAGAAGUUAAUGGACCAGGCCAGUCGAGCCAUGAUCGAGAACUUCAAUGCCAAAUAUGUAUCUCUUCAUGUUAGAAAGAGCAAUCGGGCAGCCCUUCAUUUGUACUCCAACACACUCAAAUUUCAAAUAAGUGAGGUAGAGCCAAAAUACUAUGCAGAUGGUGAAGACGCAUAUGCAAUGAAGAGGAACCUUACACAGAUGGCAGAUGAGCUGCAGAAACCUGGUGUGCGUCUGUGGGGAUCUGAGAUGCCUCAGUCACAGACAGUUGCAGUCACGGAGCUGGUGCAGAAACUCUCCAUGCAGGAUGGAGAGAAGGAUGGUGAUGGAGACAGUGGAGGAGAGAGCAAAGAGCUGAGUGAAGUAAGCGAGGCUACGGAAAGCACAGACGUCAAAGACUCCUCCUCCGAUUCCUAAACAGCAUGUCAACCUAGGAUUUUAAAUUGGUUUACUACAACUCAACAUUUGGUUAAUUAGGCUAUAUUAUCAAUGUACAAAGAGACAACUUGCUAAAGGUAUUCAUGACUAUGGGAAUAUUUCUACACAGUAAUAUGUUAAUAAAAUUUGACACUGUACAGAA